GGAUGCACCUGAGCUAAAGUCUCAUAGCAAAGAUUCUGCAUACUUAUGUAAAUCAGGUUUCAAUGAAGUCUCCAGUCAGUUCAUUAUACUUCAUAACUCCUAAGAAAUUUACAAAUCCAGUGUGUGGGUCUUUCCAGUGACUUGGUGAGGACUGAGGAAACAUGGCACAGUUUGAAAGCUUCAUAUGGACUAUACCUAUUAUAUUGGUGCUUGUAAGCAUCGGAUCCUGUAUUGCAUGUGGUAGAGCUGAAUACAGAAUAGGGGAUGAAUGUUGUCCCAUGUGUUCACCAGGAAAUCAUGUACAUAAGCAUUGUACUGAAUUCACCAGCACCAGCUGUGUGCCCUGUGUUGAUUCUACAUUCCUUGAUGAGCCCAAUGGUCUCAUAAAAUGCAAAGUGUGUACCAACUGUGAUCCAGGUUUGGGUUUGAAGGUAAAGCAGCCAUGUAGACCUUCAUCAGACACUGUCUGUGGGACACUGGAGGGGUUCUACUGUCUAGACCCAACUAAGGAUGGUUGUAGAGCACCUCAGAGACACAGCAGCUGUAAACCUGGUCAAUACAUCAGUCACACAGGAACAACAUCUACAGAUACUGUGUGUUCUGACUGUACCGGUGACACCUAUUCAAAUGGAUCAUUAACAGCCUGCCAGUCACACACUGGAUGUGAAUCCUUGGGACUUCAGGAAAUUAAACCAGGAUCUCCUUGGUCGGAUUCAGAGUGUGGACCACAACUAUCCCAUUCCACAGCUAGAAGCAGAAUUGGUGCUGUUGCAUCCAUGACAGUUGUCAUGAUAUUAGCUGCAGCUGUUUCCUUAUUAUUAAUAAUAGUGAGAAGAAAUGUCUGCAUUUUAUCUGUUUCUAUUGCGUCGGUAAAUUAUUGUUUUGUGUGUGUGAGAGAAUAAUUGUUUAGUGUUUGUGUGUGAGUAUGAGUGAGUCAGAGAGAGGAGCGUCAAGUAACCUAGCGGGACGGCAGGUAACCUAGCGGUUAGGAGUGUUGUGCCAGUAACCGAAUGGUCGCUGGGUCGAAUCCCUAAGUAGACUACCUAUUAACAUUAAUAGCGUCUGCUAAAUUAUUUAAAUGUUACAAAUUUGAGAGUGCGUGUGUGCAUCUAUCACUCCAGUGUUUAAUUUCUACAUUUUAAUUAUUUCGCCACUAUGGCAUGUUUAUUGCCUUAUCUUACCUCAUUUGCACACACUGUAUAUAGACAUUUCUAUUGUGU